AUGGGCACCCUCAUUGACGACUUCUUCGUCCACCACCUCUCCCUUUCCCGCGAAGACGCCGCCCACCUCCACCAACGCUACUACAAAGACUACGGCCUCGCCAUCGAAGGUCUCGUGCGCCAUCACAAAAUCGAUCCGCUCGAGUACAACACCAAAGUCGAUGACGCAUUGCCUUUGGACGACAUCAUCAAACCGGAUACGAAGCUCCGCAAAUUGCUGGAGGAUGUUGAUCGGGAGAAGGUAAAGUUGUGGCUGUUUACUAAUGCGUAUGUCACGCACGGCAGGCGGGUGGUGAAGCUGUUGGGGGUGGAGGAUUUGUUUGAUGGGAUCACUUACUGUGAUUAUGGGGCGGAGAAGUUACUUUGCAAGCCUACUCCUGAGAUGUAUGCGAAGGCGAUGAGGGAGGCCGGGGUGACGGAUCCUGAGGAGUGUUAUUUUGUUGAUGACUCAGGUCUUAACGCUGCUGGAGCAAAAGCGUACGGAUGGAAGACUGCGCAUUUGGUGGAGCCCAUAUCGAAUCCGCCGCCUGAGCAAGUGGGAGACCACCAGAUCCAGAGCCUCGAGGAGCUAAGGACAGUCUUCUCCGAACUGUUCAAGUCAUGA